AUGGCCAUGAUACCGUGUCCGCGCACCUCGUACCAGUACGAGGCUCUCUCUGCCAUUUCCAAUGACGAACCCAGUCCCACCUUGGAGCUUCCUAUCAACUUCACGAACGGUUCGUCAGUGACCUCGGAGAUGCACACGUUCUUGAUGGAGAGAUACUUCCAUGUUAUCCACAAGGUAUAUCCGGUUUUUGACUGGCCCUCGGAGUUUUUCACUGUCACAUCGCAGACCUAUGGCAGCAACCGAUUCCUCUUAUACGUCCGCGCAAUGGUUUAUUCUAUUGCAUGCCAUUGCCUGCCGAAGAAUGACCUCAGGCUCGUGCUCCUCUCAGACGAACUAUAUCGACAUGCCGUGGCACAUGCUGAGGAUGUCAUGUCCCAAGUCUCUGUAGAGGCUCUCCAGGCCGUUCUAUUACUGGCUCUACGCUGUCUCUUCGAUCCACGCAAAGGAUCUUUGGGUCAAAUGAUUGCCUUCUCAAAGUCUUUGAUGACGGAGUUGGCUAGUCGCGGGGUUCUGGAGAAUUCUCCCUUGGAACUACCAUUACGAUGUAUGCUAUCCUGUCUCGAUAACUUGGUUGGCUCGGCUCUUGAUAGACCCUCAGGACGUCCAGAAAUGGACGUGUCACAAACAUUAGACCUGUCGAAUCAAACGGCCUUCUUGACCUCGCAAUAUCAGGAGCAAUGGAAGUAUCGCAACAGCUGCACUACCGAAGUUCAAGACACAGCAGCAUUCGAUAAACCGGUCGAUCAAAACUGGUCUCCAAUCACUCACACUGCGCGCUGCGAAACACGGUUUUUGGUAGAUACAACUACAAAAAGUGCACUGGAGCUCCUGCACGAAUACUGUCGUCCCAAUACCAUCUUCACGGUCUUCACUGCGCACUGGACUUACAAGGCAGCGCUGUGGCUUUAUCAGGACGGGGGGGCCCAGAUUUCCUGGUAUCCUCUGGCCUUGAGGACGCUCGAGCGAUGUUCUCUCAAAUGGCCAGAGUCGGGAGCGCUCAUGGAUUCUUUGGCUCAUAUGUCGUCACCAAGGUCCUAUGCAGAAAACAUUGAUUGA